CUCUUGAAGCAAACUUUUGACAUGAAAGUUGAACUCUAUUUUGUGAAUGACACAUUUACAGAUUUUUAAUGUUGUCCAGCCAGCAUUAAAGGAGUCAGUCAGGAGAAGCUGGUGGUAUUUACUUAAACCUAGAGCCUGUUUUUAUUCCUGUGUCUGUGUCUGUGUUGCCGUGUGGUAGGUUCUGAGGAACAAGUCACACCACUGCUCCUUCUCUACUUAUCUGAUUAUUUUUGUUCAAAGUGUUUAUGUUCACUUUGUCUCUCCUAAUGCAUUUCUGACUUCAUAGAUGUAGAUUAAAAUGCACACUAGUACUAAAUAUGUGCGCACGAGGCGCCUUGCAAGCAUCUCAGCAGUCACACUCAACACGCCCUCCAGACAUACACACACACACACACACACACACACACGUACGCACCCGCACACACACCCGUCUGGAUACGAAGUGAAGACAUGCCACCUGUUAGUGUGUUUUGUCUGUGUAAAGAAGUUUGCUGUCUGCUCACUAUAGUUCCAAUGAUUAUCCACUGUGAGCCCUGACCCUGUGAACACUGAGAGCUGGGAAAAGAUGUCGCUCCCGCAGUUCGUGAUGGUGAACUUUCAGUACGAAUACACAGCACGCGACGGCAGGCAUGUGUCCAUCAAGCCCAACGAACGCUAUGUACUGGUGGCCAAGACCAAUGACCACUGGUGGCAUGUACGCAAAGACGAGGCAACCAAACCUUUCUUUAUCCCAGCCCAAUAUGUCACAGUAUUGUCCUCUGAAAAUGAGACUAUUCAACCUUCAAAUAAGCAGGAUGUGCAGGAUACUCCAAUGCCAUAUUCUGACACAGUGCCCCCUGUGUCUUUGGAGGUGACCAUUAAAGACCAAAAAUUCAUCAAGACAGCUAAUGAAAAGCAUGAACACAGGAUCUCCAAGGUUGUCAUUCCAAGUGAUCAGUACAAAAACAAAUCCUCAGAGAAUGUGCCAUAUGAGGCUAAAGCUGAGCCAGGGCUUGAUCCUUACAACUUGUACAAGGACGCAAACCAGUUGGAUAUUAGCCAAUUUGGUUUAACAAAUUAUUUUUCUCUGGUUAAAGGGGAAAGUGCAUAUGCUGUCUCCCAACCACAUAUCCCUACUACUAACUCGCAAAGAACAUUAACAGUGCCCAGUGAGAUUCAAUCAAAUGAAAAUCCUCAUAAUGACCUCAACGAUGAUAUUCGAAUGCUCAUACGGGCUGGCUGGGACCCAAAAAUAUGGGACCUCAAGGAAGACCGUAUAUGUGAGUCUGUAGAUUCAGUAAAGGAUUCAGUGGUUCAGGACACUAAAGACAAUGAGAGAAAUGUGGAGGUAGAAGUGGCACUGGUCUCUCCAGUUUCUCCUUCAUCUACAUCUCCUUCAUUUUCUCUACAGCAGAGUCCUGGUUCUCCCACUGACAUGUCAUGUGCAUUCACUGAGAAGGUUGAGGAUGACGACCUGUCAGCAGUGUAUGUAAACCUGCCCAGGGCACGUCAGAGCAUCAGCAGCUUGCCCUCUGCCUCUACUUGGGGCAUUUCAGAUCCUCCUGAACUCCAUGACACUCUGCUUCUAGGCUCCAAGGGAUGGGAGAUCCACACUGACGAGGAGAGUGGAAGAGAGUACUACUAUCACCCCAGUACAGGGCGUAGCACCUGGGAUUACCCGCUUAGCUCCUCAAUGGAGUCUGAGCUGGGGGCUAAGGAGCUUCCUGUCUCCCCCACUCCAUCCCUGUCUCCAGCCUGUUCACCCACAGAUGGAGCAAGAUGGACCUCAGACUGGGAGAGGGUGCUGGAUGAGAAGAGUGGCAGACACUACUUUUUUAACCCCAUCUCUGGACAGAGUUCCUGGGACCCACCGGAUGACCUGCUGACGCCUCCUCUGUUAGGCAACAGUCAACAAGAAGGGGUGCCGCCUCCCCUACCUGAGGAGGACUACCCUGAAGAUAUUCCAGCAACUCUGGGGCAGGAGGAUGCUUUGUCCUUUGCCGGUUCUUCAGAAUACUCAUUGGCCCAUGUGAGAAAAGUGGUCAUUCCCAGAGCGUGUCUAAACCGCAAUGCUCCUGCAGGCUGGACGCUGAACAUUGACCCUGAUGGAGUCUGGGUCUUCACCAACGACCAUACACAGGAGCAGUGGAUCAAGUCACUGGAUGAUCGGGGACAGACAUACUAUUACCUGAAAGAUGGUUCCAAGUCUGAGUGGAACUUACCUGACCUUUCUGCAGGUUUGAGACAGUGCCAAUUGGGAAAUGGUGGGACAGUGGAUCAGGGUGGACUUGGAAUGAUGAGAACCUGGAGGAAUAGCACAGGAUCUCAAGAUGAGAAACUUCCCUUAAGUCAUCGGAGAAAUGCUUCAGACAGCGAUAUGUCUGCCUCUCCAGAAAUGCUGCAUAAUGUGUCAAAUUUGGAGAAAGCUGGAAUCCUCAACAAGACCAAAAUAUCUGAGAAUGGGAAAAAAGUACGAAAGAACUGGGGUCAGUCAUGGACUGUUCUUCAUGGAGGGGUUCUGACAUUCCACAAGGACCCAAAGUCCACCCCAGGAGGAACAUCAAGCAAGACCAAUCAGAUUGUUCCAGAAUUCACUGUGGAUUUGAAAGGAGCAACAAUUGGAUGGGCUGCAAAGGAGAAGUCCAGCAAAAAAAAUGUGCUGGAGCUAAAAAGUCGGGCUGGAACAGAAUUCCUGAUUCAGUAUGACACUGACAGCAUCAUCACCGACUGGCAUAAAGUAAUAACAGACACCAUACGGCAACUUGACAUGGACCAGCACCACUCAGAUGAUGACGAGGAAGCCAGUGAAAAGUCCUCUAGCACAGAAAAGGAAGACAAAUCAAGUGUAGACAAACGAAGGAUGAGCAAUGGUAGGCAGCCUUCCUCUAGUUCAACGUCUGAGGCAGACCCGAAGAAGGUCCGCAACAAGCUCCGCAAGUUUCUCCUCAAAAGGCCUACUUUGCAGUCAGUCAAGGAAAAAGGCUAUAUUAGAGAAAACGUGUUUGGCUGUCAUCUGCAAAAUCUCUGUGCCCAGGAGAAGACUACAGUGCCUAGCUUUGUGAUGAAGUGCAUCAGGACAGUAGAGAAAAGAGGUUUGGGAGUUGACGGAAUCUACAGAGUUAGUGGGAACUUAGCUGUUAUUCAGAAACUACGUUUCAAGGCUGAUCAUGAGGAUCUAGAUCUGGAGGAGGGCCACUGGGACAUCCAUGUCAUUACAGGAGCCUUGAAGCUCUUUUUCAGGGAACUGCAAGAGCCACUGUUCCCUUACAGUCACUUCAACAGCUUUGUCCAGGGCAUCAAAAUUCCAGACUACAACAGCAGAGUGUCUUAUAUACGUGAUCUGGUGAAAUCUUUACCACCACACAAUCGUGACACAAUGGAGGCACUCUUUAGCCAUUUAAGGAAAGUUAUUGAGCAUGGAGAUGAGAACAGGAUGACUUUGCAGAAUGUGGCCAUUGUCUUCGGCCCAACAUUGCUCAAGCCUGAAAUGGAGUCAGCAAACAUAACUGCAUACAUGGUCUUCCAGAACCAGAUCAUCGAGUUCAUCCUCAGUGAAUUUGAAGCAAUCUUUCAUAUGUGAACAUCUAAAAAAAGGCCACACCAGUUCAAAGAAUCAAAGAUCAUGUCAAAUUAUUUGAGAGAAUAAGAAAUAUCUGAACAAACAAAAAAGUAAAGGGUCAGCUGUCAUUAUAAAAUUUCUUGCUGUGAGCCAUGUUAGUAUUUUGGGCAUAGUAUUUCUUUAAUUUUGUACUCUUGAUCAUAUUAGCCGGAAAUGCCCACAUAUUCAAAAUGACUUGAAUGAUAUACUGUACAUUGGCCCUGAGAUGUUGGUGGAAAAAAAGUUUUAUUUGGUUUACGUAAAUAUAGGUCUCACAACAUGAUGUGAAUUAAUAGAAAAUAUGCAAACCAUAAAAGGGUAAUAGAAAAUUAAUUUUAACAUGCAAUUAGAAUUAUUUAUUACUGAUAUUCAGGCAGCUGUUCUCAGACAUAAUCAAUCUUGUUAGUACCGCAUAGGCAUAGUUAAAUGUAACUCUGGUAAUGACCACUUACCUCAGCACAUGGAAAUAUUUUCCUCAUAAGUAAAUUGUGUUGUGAAUAUAACACUGCUUGAGUGUUAUAUUUAGCCUUAAUGUGGAAAACUACAUUUUCCUGAGCUGGAUGUUUCAAACUGGUUAAUUACCAACUGUAAUCCUACAAGUGGUUUAAGAUAUUAUAUUACAAUUAAUAGCAGUCUUUAGAGACUUGAGUCAUUGUUAGCAUUUUAGCUGAGGAUCGUUUCUGUUAUUUAUGUUGUCUUUUGUCCUUUAAUACUCCCAUCUAUACUCAUCUAAGAUAUGUUACCAUAAAUGGGGACAGUAGAUUACUUGUACAGUCGUUAGAGUUAUGAAUUCUAUAUUUAUUAGUACAAAAGUUAAACUUCACUCUGUAAAAUGUAUUUGCACAUAGACAAAGAUUAAUCUGGAAUGAACUAAAGAACAUAGUUGUAAAGAUUUGUAAAGCAUUAAUAUUUGGUAGAAAUAAGGCAUACAUUUAUGUGUUUUGAUGGUGUACAUAGAAAAGGCAUAUUUAUGCUACACAUUGCUUAUAAAGAAUUUUUAAUAAAGUAACUGUUUUACAUUCA